CUUUUGCUUUGCCAUGUAGGUGAAGCUGCGGGUGGAGCGUGGCAGGAAAAUCAGACGACAGAUGGACAGUGUGACAAGAACGUCAGAGAGGAUUGGGCCUCGCUGCGAGAGUCAGCCUGGAGUCAAGGUGUUGACAAGUUGCUGAAAAGGACACCAGGGACGACUGUGGCACGCAGAGGGAGUAGAGCCCUGUCUUCAGUUCACGCCAUUGAUGGAGGACAGAUGGACAGCCGGAUGGCCAGUCACCUCUCUUAAACCUUUGGAUAGUGGUCCUUUGUCCUCCGCUGGACACCUGUUAGGGAUUUUAGCUCAUUCCCUGAACUCACUUUCCCUGAAAACGUAAGCUCAGACUGCCGUGGGCAAGUGGGCGAGCCUCAAUCGCAGCGCGACACAGCUGCAGCCAUGAGCGCGGAGGGGUACCAGUACAGAGCACUGUAUGAGUACAAGAAAGAGAGAGAAGAGGACAUUGACCUCCACCUGGGGGACAUACUGACUGUGAAUAAAGGGUCCUUGGUGGCACUUGGGUUCAGUGAUGGGCAGGAAGCCCGGCCUGAAGAAAUUGGUUGGUUAAAUGGCUACAAUGAAACUACCGGGGAGAGGGGAGACUUUCCAGGGACUUACGUUGAAUAUAUUGGAAGGAAACGAAUUUCACCCCCUACCCCAAAGCCCCGCCCCCCUCGACCUCUUCCUGUUGCGCCAGGUUCUUCAAAAACUGAAUCAGACACUGAGCAACAAGCUUUGAUCCUUCCUGACCUGGCUGAGCAGUUUGCACCCCCUGACAUUGCACCGCCCCUCCUUAUCAAGCUCCUGGAAGCCAUUGAGAAGAAAGGGCUGGAAUGUUCCACUCUGUACAGAGCACAGAGCUCCAGCAACACUGCAGAAUUACGACAGCUUCUUGAUUGUGAUGCCGCCUCAGUGGACUUGGAAAUGACCGAUGUGCAAGUUUUAGCAGACGCUUUCAAACGCUAUCUGUCGGACUUACCAAAUCCCAUCAUUCCAGUAGCUGUUUACAAUGAAAUGAUCUCUUUUGCCCAAGACGUACAAAGCUCCGAAGACUACAUCCAGCUGUUGAAGAAGCUCCUUCGGUCGCCUAAUAUACCUCAUCAGUAUUGGCUUACACUUCAGUAUUUGCUUAAGCAUUUCUUCAAGCUCUCUCAAGCCUCCAGCAAAAAUCUUCUGAAUGCAAGAGUCCUCUCUGAAAUCUUCAGCCCUCUGCUUUUCAGAUUCCCAGCAGCCAGCUCGGAUAAUACUGAACACCUCGUAAAAGUGAUAGAGAUUUUAAUCUCAACUGAAUUGAAUGAAAGACAGCCAGCACCAGCACUGCCCCCUAAACCACCCAAGCCCACUACUCUAGCCAACAACAGCAUGAACAACAGCAUGUCCUUACAGGAUGCUGAGUGGUACUGGGGAGACAUCUCAAGGGAAGAAGUGAAUGAAAAACUCCGAGAUACUGCUGACGGGACCUUUUUGGUACGAGACGCAUCUACUAAAAUGCAUGGCGACUAUACUCUUACCCUAAGGAAAGGAGGAAAUAACAAAUUAAUCAAAAUCUUUCACCGAGAUGGGAAAUAUGGCUUCUCUGAUCCAUUAACCUUCAGCUCUGUGGUUGAGCUGAUAAACCAUUACCGGAACGAAUCAUUAGCUCAGUACAACCCUAAGCUGGACGUGAAGUUACUUUACCCAGUGUCUAAAUACCAGCAGGAUCAAGUUGUCAAAGAAGAUAAUAUUGAAGCUGUAGGGAAAAAGUUACAUGAAUAUAAUACUCAAUUUCAAGAAAAAAGUCGGGAAUACGAUAGGUUAUAUGAGGAAUACACCCGUACUUCCCAGGAAAUCCAAAUGAAAAGAACGGCUAUCGAAGCAUUUAAUGAAACCAUAAAAAUAUUUGAAGAACAGUGCCAGACCCAGGAGCGAUACAGCAAAGAAUACAUAGAAAAGUUUAAACGAGAAGGCAACGAGAAAGAAAUUCAAAGAAUUAUGCAUAACUACGAUAAGCUGAAGUCUCGCAUCAGUGAGAUCAUCGACAGUAGAAGAAGAUUGGAGGAAGACUUAAAGAAGCAGGCGGCUGAGUAUCGUGAGAUUGACAAGCGCAUGAACAGUAUUAAGCCGGACCUCAUUCAGCUGAGAAAGACAAGAGACCAAUACUUGAUGUGGCUGACGCAGAAAGGUGUUCGGCAGAAGAAGCUGAACGAAUGGCUGGGAAAUGAAAACACCGAAGACCAAUACUCACUGGUAGAAGAUGACGAGGAUUUGCCCCACCACGACGAGAAGACGUGGAAUGUUGGAAGCAGCAACAGGAACAAAGCCGAGAAUCUGUUGCGAGGGAAGCGAGACGGCACUUUCCUUGUCCGGGAGAGCAGUAAGCAGGGCUGCUAUGCCUGCUCUGUAGUGGUAGAUGGCGAAGUCAAGCAUUGCGUCAUCAACAAGACUGCCACCGGCUAUGGCUUCGCCGAGCCCUACAACUUGUACAGCUCCCUGAAGGAGCUGGUGCUACACUACCAGCACACCUCCCUGGUGCAGCACAAUGACUCCCUCAACGUCACGCUAGCAUACCCGGUAUAUGCACAACAGAGGCGAUGAAGCGCUGCCCUCGGAUCCAGUUCCUCACCUUCAAGCCACCGCAAGGCCUCUGGGAAGCUAAGGGCUCCUCUCCAGCCCGACCUGUGAACUGAGCUGCAGAAACGAAGCCGGCUGUCUGCCCCAUGGGACUAGAGCUUUCUUGGACAAAAAAGAA